UUAUAAUUAUUUAAAAAAAUGUUGAUAAUUAAAAUGAAUAUAAAUUAUAAAUUAUUUAUUUAUUUAUUAUUUAUUUGUGAAAUUAAUUGUUUUAAUCUUGAUGCAAGAAUACCAAUUAUUAAACGUGGACAAGUUGGAUCAUAUUUUGGAUAUUCUGUUGCUGAACAUGAGGAAAUUGAUGAAUCAUCAAUUAAUAAUAAAAAUUGGAUAUUGGUGGGUGCACCACUGGAUCAAAAUAGACAACCAGGUACCAACAGAUCAGGCGCUUUAUGGAAGUGUCCACUGACUACAUCAACACGUGACUGCACACAAGUUAUCACUGAUGGUCGUCCACUUAAAAAUAUGAGUCAAGACAAAAAAAGGGUUGACACGAAAGAUUUAUUACCACCAGGAUUAGAUGAAAUAAAAAAUGGUCAAUGGUUGGGUGUAACAGUACGUAGCCAAAGUCAAACACAAAAUAGUUCUGGAAAAGUAAUGGUAUGUGCACAUCGUCAUAUUGUUAGAACAGAUAAUUCCCAAUGGGGUCAAGGUCAAUGUUACAUACUGACAAAUAAUUUAGAAUUUGAUGGUUUAAAAAAACCAUGUUCAGGAAAACGUACAGAAAAAGCACAUGAACAAUAUGGCUAUUGUCAAGCUGGUACAAGUGGCUACUUAACAUCAGAUGAUGAUGUUGUUAUUGGUACACCUGGACCACAUACAUGGCGUGGUACAUUUUAUAUAUCAUCAAUAUCAGAUGCAUUUUUAACUCAAGAUAGUACAAUAUAUAGUCCACCAUUACAAGAUUCAUUAUCACCAGUUGAAAAAUAUAGUUAUUUAGGUAUGUCUGUAACUGCUGGUAAAUUUUUUGGUGGUAAUGAUAUAUUAUAUGCAUCUGGUGCACCAAGAUCAAAUGGUUCUGGUAAUGUUAUUAUAUUUUCACGUAAAAAACAACAACCAGAUAUGAAUGUUGUAUUAUCACUUGAAGGUGAACAAUUUGCAUCAUCAUUUGGUUAUGAAAUUGCUGCUGCUGAUAUUAAUGGUGAUAAUAUAACUGAUCUUAUUGUAUCAGCACCAUUUUAUUUUGAUAAAGACAAAGGUGGUGCUGUUUAUAUUUAUAAAAAAUUAUGUAAAUUAUCUGAUAAUAAUAUUAAUGAUCAUGAUAAUAAUAAAUGUAAACCAAUUAAGUUAUUUGGUAAAGAAGAAUCACGUUUUGGUUUUUCAUUAGCAAAUAUUGGUGAUAUUAAUCAUGAUGGUUAUGAGGAUAUUGCAAUUGGUGCACCGUAUGAAGGUAAAGGUAGUGUUUAUAUUUAUUUAGGUUCUAAAAAUGGUAUUAUUAUAAAUCCAAGUCAAAUAAUACAUUCUGAUGAUUUACCAAUGCCAUUAAAUACAUUUGGUUAUUCAUUAUCUGGUGGUAUUGAUAUGGAUAAAAAUGGUUAUCCAGAUUUAUUAAUUGGUGCAUAUGAUGAUAAUGCUGUUGUAUUAUUACGUUCACGUAAAAUUAUUGAUAUAACAACAUUUAUACAAUCUAAAAAUAAAGAUAAUAAAUAUCAAUUUAAUAUUGAAUCAAUUGAUCCAAAUAAAAAUGGUUGUAUUGAUGAUAUUUAUUCAAAUUAUACAUGCUUUUCAUUUGAGGCAUGUUGUCAAACAGAUAAACUUGAAAAUAAUGAAAAUUUAAAACUAAAUUAUCACAUUGAAGCUGAAACAUUUAGUGGUAUUAAAAAAUUUUCACGUGUAUGGUUUUUAAAUGAUGCAAAUAAAUCAAAUAUUAUUAAUAGAACAAUAAUUCUUGAUAAUAAAAAAUUACGUCAUUGUCAAAAUGAAAUUGUAUAUGUUAAAGAAAAUACACGUGAUAUACAAUCACCAAUUAAAUUUAAAUUAAAUUAUACAUUAAUACAAGAUACACCAAUAAUGCCAAAUGAGGGUGAUGAUUUAACUGAUAUUAAAAAUUAUCCAAUUCUAAAUCAACAAGAAUCAGCUAAAAUAUUUGAUGCAACAUUUCAAAAAGAUUGUGGUGAUAAUGAUAUAUGUGAAAGUAAUUUAAUAAUUGAUACUAAAUUAAAUUUAUCUGUAUCAAGUGUUGAUAAAAAUUAUUAUGAAUUAUUACUUGGUGAAAUUAAUGAAAUUAUUAUUGAAAUUAAUGUUAAAAAUAAUGGUGAAUCAGCAUAUGAAGCACAAUUAUUUAUAAUACAUGCAAAAAGUUUAAGUUACAUUGGUAGUAAAAGUAAUGAUACAGCAAUAUGUAAUUUAUUUAAUACAACAAUGGUUAUUUGUUCAAUUGGUAAUCCAUUAAGAUCAAAUAAUAGUGCUAAAAUUAAUAUUAGAUUUGAUCCAAAAGACGUUGAAGAUAAUGAGCCACAAUUAAAAUUUAUUAUAUUUGGUAAUACAACAUCAAAUGAAAUUAAUAAUAAUAAACAAAUUAAUUUACAAGUUAUUGUUGUUAAAAGAGCUGAGUUGUCAAUAAAUGGUAGUGCCAAAACACAAUGGGCAUAUUAUGGUGGUGAUACUGUUGGUGAAUCUGCUAUUAAAAAUUUAAAUGAAAUUGGACCAAAAGUAUCACAUAUUUAUGAAAUAUUUAAUGAUGGUCCAUGGAAAGUACGACAAAUUGAAGUUAUUAUAUCAUGGCCUUAUGAAGUUGCUAAUGAUAAAUUACAUGGUAAAUGGUUAUUGUAUCUUGAAGAUAUGCCAAUUAUAAAUCAUUCUGGUGGUGGUGAGUGUUAUCUACCAGCUGGACAGACACCAAAUCCAUUAAAAUUAUUAGGAAGUAUUAAUUAUGAUGAUUUAGAUCCAAUUUUUGGUAGUACAACUUUAUCACCAUCAACAAUUAUUGAUAAUAAAAAAAAUUCAACAACUUUUAAUCAUAUCAGAGAAAGAAGAGAUACUGAAAAAGUUGUUAAUACCAAAACAAUUAUUGAAAAAGAUGGUACACGACGUCAAGUUGUUUCUAUGAACUGUAAAGCUGGAACUGCCAAGUGUUUUGAUAUUAGAUGUAUUAUUUAUAAUCUACAAAAAAAACAGGAAGCUACGAUAACAGUAAAAGCAAGACUUUGGAAUUCUACCCUCGCUGAAGAUUAUCCGACAGUUGAUAAAGUCAGAAUUGGAUCAAAUGCACGAAUUGUUAUUCCAUCAGCAAUUGAAAUUCAACAAGAAAAUUUAAAAAAUGAUUAUUCAAUUGCUGAAACAAUUGCUUAUCCAGAUCCUAGUUAUCUACAGGAUGUUGAGACUGUAUCAAUAUGGAUUAUAAUUGUUGCUAUUGUUGCUGGCUUAUUACUUUUGAUACUUUUAACAUUAAUAUUAUGGAAACUUGGAUUUUUCAAACGACGCAGACCGGAUCCAACAUUGUCUGGUAAUUUAGAAAAACAUCGGGAUGAUAAUCCUGAAAGUGAGGCUCUCUUCAAACACUAAAUAAUGACAAACGAAAUCAUUUCGGUAAACAUCGAAACUUUUUUAUAGAAAAAAUUUUUUUUAACUCCAAGAGUGCUUUUUUUUUUCUUUUUCUUUUAGAGCUUUUAAAAUUUUAUUAAUUUUUAUAUCAGCAGCUUAAAGAAAAUUUUAUAUUUAUAUUUAUUUAGAAUUAAUUUAUAUAAAAAAAAAAGAAAUUAUUUACUUAAACUAUCAGUUGAGACUGAGAUUGUUUUUUUUUUUUAAAUGAAAAUUCGGUUUUAUUUUUUAACAAAUAAUAAUUGAUAAAUUGUUUUUUUUUUUUUAUCAAUUAUGGACAACGAUGAAUUGCAUUUAAAACGUGAAUAGCUCAUUUAUUAAAUUUAUAAAAUUUAAUAAUAAAUUGAAUAAUAAUCGGUAGAUAAAUAAUUACAGUAUUUUAUUAAAUUGGUGUGCUGGUCGGAUCAGUGUUUAGUCUUG